CGCAAGUUCCGUAACCGCGUUGCCUUGGAAGCGGUUACCUGGUAACGGAGGACGCUAAGUUACAACAGUUUGCGUCGCUUGUGUCUCGGUGUCCGGUCCCGGUGUGCAGCCAUGCCGCUCCCAGAGACCAUGUUCUGCGCUCAGCAGAUUAACAUCCCACCCGAACUCCCGGACCUGCUGAAGCAGUUCACCAAGGCCGCCAUCCGGACCCAGCCCCACGACGUGUUGCAGUGGUCGGCCGCGUACUUCAGCAGUUUAUCCAGAGGAGAGCCGCUGCCGGUGAAGGAGAGGGUGGAGAUGCCGGUGGCCACCCAGAAGACGGACACUGGGCUGACCCCCGGGCUGCUGAGGGUUCUGCACAGACAGCUGGCCUCCCGGGUGAUCGUCCCUGUGGAGGAGGUGGAGCAGAGGUGGAAGGAUCUGUGCCUGCCCCAUGCCCAGCUGCUCAGCAUCCUGGAGCUGGACCAUCAGGGCAGAGAGGUGGAGUGGAUGAAGUUCCUGGCUCUGGCCUGCAGUGCCCUGGGGGGCAGCAUCACCACAGCCCUGAAGUACGCCUGCGAGAUCCUGACCCAGGACCCAGAGGGGGGCGCCGCCCGCAUCCCAUAUCAGACUUUUCUAUUCCUCUACAAAUACCUGGCCCAGAUGGAUGGAGAUAUCUCAGACACUACCAUAGAAGAUGCGCUGGGUGCCCUGCAGGAGGAGGCGGGCAAACAAGGGGGCAUGAUCCAGCCCAGGAACUUCCUCGGCCCUCAGUGCCCACCGCUGGCUUAAGACUGGGAUCAAUACAAUAUUGUAUUUGGUUAUUUAAAAUAAAAUCCUAGUAGUAUUUCAUGACCCUGAAUGUGC